AUGCACACCAUGAACGUGCUCCUACUCCCUCUCGCGACACUGCCAAUCGUCGCCCGUCGCGCUGCGGACAUCGUUCUGGUCAAGGUUCACGUCCAAGGUCAGCCGGUUCGGACGCUGCAGCGGCCAGCGGCGGAAGCUGUCUCGCGCUCUCUUGGCCGCGUCGGACGGGCUCUCGCACCGCAGGGCUCAAAGAACGCCGAGCGCUGCAUGCUAUUUGAUGCAGGCGGGCUUGAGCUGCAUCCGGCAACGAAUGCGCUGCACGCGUGGUCGACGGCGGCGCACCUUCAGGUGGGCGGCAUGUCGCUUGACGUGGUUUGGGAACCUGCAGAGGUCGCAUCCUUGGUGCUGCCGGCGGUGGUGCCGUUCGUAGGCGUGCCAUUGACGCCGGUGAUCAAGACGCUUGGCUGCGCCGCGGAAGAGUGCCGUUGGGUGUGGGAAGGGCUCCCUACCGAUACGGCGAGCGGAAGCCGAGACGGUGAGUGGCAGCCUCUGGGGUUCGGGAGGACGUACACGCCGUCCGACGCGGACCUUGGGUCGCGGCUUCGCGUGCGCGCGGCGCCGCCGGCCACAAGCCGUGCCCUCGCCGCGCUCCCGCUACUCGCAUGCGUCGCUGAGGCCGCAGCAGCAGUGGAGGCGCCUCCGGCUCGGCCGCUGCUCGUACGGCGCCUCGGCGCUCUGAGGCGGGCUGCGGCGGCGGGGCGUGGCGGCAGCGGCGCCGGCAUCCUCCGCGUGCUCUCGUACAACAUUCUCGCCGACUGCUACUCGCGGCACUGGGGCGCCGCCGGCGGCCUCCACUCCUACUGCAGCCCGCGGCUGACGCACCGACUGCCGUGCUUCGCCUUGCAGGGCCGAGUGAGCGUGUGUCAGGUGCUCGCCUUCUCGCCCGACGUCGCGCUCCUGCAAGAGGUGGACCGCAAGUGGUUCGAAACCUUCUGGGCGCCGUCGAUGCGGCAGCUGGGCUUCUCGUGCGUGUACACCAGCAAGGCCGGCGCCACGAGCUCUGAGGGCCUCGCUGCGUUUGUGCGCACCGGCGCGCUCGAGAUGGUCGAGAUGCGAGAGGUCUCGCUCGCAAUCGGGCCGUCGGGCGCACCGGCAGCCGCCGCGCCUCUCCUCGACUCGCACGCAGGCACCCGGGAGGGCGUGCGGCGGCUGCCCACAGUUGCCCAGCUCUUGCUCUUGCGCGAAGCAGCGCCGGGCGGCAGCGGCGGCGCGCUCAACUGGGCGCCGUCGCUCGAGCUCGAGGAGGCGGCGGGCGUCGCGGCGCGGCAAGCCGCCGCCACUCUCGGGGCAGGUUGGGACGCUGUUGGCGACGCCGAGGUCGAGGCGGCGUGGGCUCGGCUCGCCGACGGGUCGGACGACGGCGUGGGAGUGGCCGCUGGCGCGGACGGCGCGGCUUGUCCCGACGCGACAUUCGAAGUCGCGCGGCGCGUCGCACGCGAGCACCACUUGCUCCGCGUCGCCGCAACGACCCUCGCGCGGUCGCCGGACGAGCGGACGGACGAGCAGGCAGCCGGCGGACGAGGGGCGGUCACGCGCCUCGCAGCUUCAAUUUUGGACGACGCGGCCAGAGGGCGCUCCUUGUACACCUCAAGGCCCCUCGCGGCGGCCGAGGUGCGAGCCUCCAUCGGGCCGUGUGUGCGCCCAGCAGCAGCGUUUGACCCUACACUCGUGCCGCAGGUUGCGCGGCAGCUGCAGCUACCGCUUGCCGCUGUGUCCACCCCUGCCAACGACGUGCAGGCCACCUCCUGGUACACGAGAGCGCACACGCGGCUCGGCGAGCUCAUGCAGCGGCUCCUCAAGGCGAAGGUGGAGCUGCGCUCGCGGGCUGCGUCCGAAGGCAGCGCGGCGGCGCUGGCUGCCGGCGAGGCUGCGGAAGUUCGUCUGUGGGCGGCACGUGCAGCGGGUGUGUGCCUCUCGCACCCGAAGCCGUUGCAGUCGGUCUACUCCCUGGAUUCGCCACCGACGCAUGUGGUGCCACGCUACGCCACGUCCAUAGAUUGGAUCUGCGUCGACGCGGAGCGGCUAGAGGUCGUCGGCGUCGCGCCACGGCCGCCGCUCCAGGAGCUGACGCGCGACGUGGCGAUGCCGAGCGCUGAGUGGCCGAGCGAUCACAUAUCGCUCGUCGCUGACCUCGCGUGGCGCUGA